CACAUCACUAGUACCUUCUGCAGUACAAAAUGUUACUAGUCUAUGAUAAUAUUCAGAAGCCGGCUUCGCAUUGGCGUGUUUCUUAGCAUUUUAAUUUUUUUUUAUUUUUUGAGGAAAAUAUUUCGAAAACGUAAAAGUUUUACAUUUCUAUUUACCUAAUUGAUAGUACAAAAAAUUUCAAUAAUUUUCACGGAUCACCAAUCAACUAACGAAAAAGACCUACCACGUGUACGCCGAGUAUCCUUGUAUCAUUAAUUAUACCUAAUUUAAUUACUUUUAAUUCGUUGUGAAAAUUAGAUAUAUUACAAUUGUGUAACUAAAACUUGUUCUUUCGUGUAAUUAUUACACGUGGUUAGAGAUAAGUAAAGGAACAUGACGAACGCGGAAGGCGACCUACGCGAUGGGCUAUCCGCCAAGGAGAUCUUCGCUAACAGCGAAGGAUUAACAUAUAACGACUUUCUCUUAUUACCUGGAUACAUUAACUUCACCGCGGAGGAGGUCGACUUAACUUCCCCGUUGACAAAAAAGAUAAACCUGAAAUCUCCGUUGGUGUCCACCCCAAUGGACACCGUCACCGAAGCCGACAUGGCAAUAGCCAUGGCCCUCUGCGGUGGUAUCGGCAUUAUUCAUCACAAUUGCACUCCGGAAUAUCAAGCCAACGAGGUGCACAAAGUGAAGAAGUAUAAACAUGGCUUUAUUCGCGACCCAGUGUGCAUGGGUCCUGAGAAUACCGUAGCAGAUGUCUUGGAAGCGAAAAAGAAGAAUGGCUUCACUGGCUAUCCAAUAACUGAGAAUGGAAAGUUAGGAGGUAGGCUCAUAGGAAUAGUGACGUCCCGAGACAUUGACUUCAGGGAGGGCGAUCCGCAGCUCAGUCUGAAGGAGGUGAUGACUCCAAUUGAUGAAAUGAUAACAGCACAAUCUGGAGUUACUCUGCAAGAUGCCAAUUACAUCCUCGAGAAGAGCAAGAAAGGUAAGCUUCCUAUUAUUAAUGGCUCAGGAGAACUAGUGGCUCUGAUUGCACGAACCGAUCUAAAAAAAGCCAGAAGCUAUCCCAAUGCUUCGAAAGACUCUAACAAACAACUUCUGGUGGGUGCUGCUAUUGGUACACGGGAAGCAGACAGGGAGCGUCUGAAGCUGCUUGUUAGUAAUGGAGUAGAUGUAAUUGUCCUGGAUUCAUCUCAAGGUAAUUCCACAUAUCAGAUUGAUAUGAUAAAGUAUAUAAAAUCUAAUUACCCAAAUAUACAAGUGAUUGGAGGCAAUGUUGUCACUAGAAUGCAAGCAAAGAAUCUCAUAGAAGCUGGUGUUGAUGCCCUUAGAGUUGGAAUGGGAAGUGGAUCAAUCUGUAUCACUCAAGAAGUGAUGGCUUGCGGCUGCCCGCAGGCCACUGCAGUGUACCAAGUAUCUUCUUACGCUCGCCAGUUCAAUGUGCCUGUUAUAGCGGAUGGGGGUAUUCAGUCGGUGGGUCACAUUGUUAAGUCACUUGCAUUAGGAGCUUCAACAGUUAUGAUGGGCUCUCUGCUUGCCGGCACUUCUGAAGCUCCUGGAGAAUAUUUCUUCUCUGAUGGUGUCAGGCUUAAAAAGUACCGUGGAAUGGGCAGCUUGGAAGCCAUGGAGAACAAAGAAGGCAAAGGAUCAGCCAUGAGCAGAUAUUUCCACAAGGAAACUGAUAAACACAGAGUGGCACAAGGUGUUAGUGGUAGUAUAGUUGAUAAGGGGUCUGUGUUAAGAUUUUUGCCAUACUUGCAAACUGGAAUGCAGCACAGUUGCCAAGAUCUUGGUGCGCCAUCGCUGACAAGACUACGUGAACUGAGCUACUCUGGGGAUUUACGUUUUAUGAAGAGGACAUACUCAGCACAGUUGGAAGGCAAUGUGCAUGGUUUAUUUUCCUAUGAGAAAAGAUUAUUUUAAUAAGAUUUAAUAACAAGUCCUUUAAUCUCAAUGUGAUAUCCAAUUUAUCUGUGUGUAUAUAUUAUGAGGUAUUUAGGGCAAUAUUAUUGUUAUAAGAAAAGUUGAUAUUCUCUGAUGUAUUCCAAUAUAUGAAGUAACAAAGCUUUUAUGUGUAAUUAU